AAGUGAACCUGAACAGACUGACCGCGCUGAGGAAAACGGUGUCACACUAAAAUCGGUCCAGCACAUUUGUUUUUUCAUACCAGAUACUUAAUCAACCAACCUGAAAGAUGAAUCGAACGAGGGAAGAAGUUGAGUUGGAAAAGAGUGUCAGGCGACUGAGAGAGAUGUUUCAUGGCCGUAUUGAGAUUGACAAAGCUGUGAUCCUCAUGCAACGCUACGGGAACAACUAUCCAAUGGUGGCGACGUAUGUCGUACUAAUGGCAGAUGAUGACAGGGAACUGGAUGAUGAUGAAAAGACAGCGCUGAAUGACCCUGUAGUAAAGAAUGUGGUUAUGAAACUCAAAGCUGAUGAAAGACAACAGGAAGAAUCGCCACCCAAGCCAUCUGGAUCCAGUGGUGCCCGUCCUUCAGCACAAGCCAAAAAAAAUCCAAAUGAUGACAAGGAUAUAGCGGAGCUCGGGGCUUGUCUACGAGUUCUAGAGCUAACGGAGGCGAACAAACGAAUGUUUGACCAGGCGCAGGAAAACCAGAUCCCUGCUGUCAUACAUCAGUUUGCCUGCGAGUCUUGUGAUAGGGACUGGUGGAGACAUGUGCCACAGAGGAAAAGGGUGUCACGCUGUCACAGAUGUAAAAAAAAGUAUGACCCUGUACCAGCUGACAAAAUGUGGGGUUUCGCCGAGUUUCACUGUCCAAACUGCUCUCGCUCCUUCAUGGGUUUUGGUCGGAUGGAUGGAUGCUCCCCUUGUUACGGCUGUCGCUCAGCCAUAUUCCCAACAAGAAUUGUGCCACCAAGGAAGAACAGGACGAUGCCUGGACAGAGAAGAAAAAAUCAGCACAGCUGCUUAGCUGAAGAUUGUUUUAAUAGAAUGGAGCCCCAUGUGCCUGGUACCGAAUGCGUCCACCCACGUAGCAGACAGAAGAACAGGAAGCCACGGGUGGUGUACCCUAGCCCUGCUCAUAUAAGCAGUGGAUCCACUGUAAACACUUGCCUAAGUCAGGGUAGUCUGCUGGAGAGCCUCAAUGAGCUCAUCUUGGAUGACAUUAAAGAGGAGUCUGAUGAAGAGUCAGACAGCAGCAGCUGAGGCACUACAGGAAAUUAUUGCAACAGGGUUUCCCCCUCUUGAAUGGCACGGUGUUGCUUCGAGUGACAACGGCUCUUAUGACAUAAUUCCAAAUUAUGUACUCAAAGUAACAAAUGCAUGUUUGAAUAUUUAAAUACAUAAUGCACUACAAGCUGCAUAAAUUCUGCAGCAAGCAAAUCAUUUUAGUUUUUAACCAAUCUGGAUUGGAAUUAAUCUUUUUUACCAUCUUCCCCUGCACUUUUGGGGAAAUAAACAUCAUAUUUCCAUUUUGUUUAACUGUAGUAGAAAACAUUUUGUUGCCGGCUGCAUAAAAUUACAACUUUCAAACUAAACAGAUGCCGCCGGUGAACAAGUGCAUUGAUAAUCAAAUGCACAAUUAGCACUUUGUAUCACAGAUCAAUGGAAAGGAGGAGGCGAGAACCGGCUUGGCAAUAUAAAUAAUAUUUGAAUGAUAAACUUCAACAAAAGACAAAAACACACACAUGACGGACAUGCCCGUAAAUGAUCUCUCUCACCCGCACCAUCCUCUGCAGUUGGCCUUUAUCCCUCUUGGAGGUUUAAUUAGCCUGAUAAGGGACCGGGUGUAUAUAAUCUCGAUCCGGCCCUGCCCUGUCACAUUCCUCCCUCGUUCUCUCAGGCCGGGAGGCUCCCGGCAUGACGAACAUCCCCCCCCCCCUUUCCCUGGGGGAGGGUGUGCCUUCCGCCCCAUCUGCCGGCAGGUCAUCCCCAUCUACCUGGAUGAGGGAGGGGACAAGGGGAGGGAAACAGAAACACUGUAAAAUUUAAAAGAUAGGGAAAAGGCCAACGGAGAGAGAUGAAGAAAAAACGUACUCGCCGGUUCUCUGAUACACCGUCGCAUGUUCCUCGAUCACUUCUCCACCCUCUCAGGCGGACGACAGCCGCUCCUCCCCGGGCGGACCAGAGUCAGACCCAUGACCCCUGGUGGACAGAACGCCCCUCGGCGUCCCGGCGACUCAUGGGGACACUCCUCCGCCCCUGGCAGUGGGCCUACCACUCCAGGCGGUCGGGGAGUCACUUCCCUCCUCCCCGCGCGGACGGCGGUCUUCUUUCGACCCCUCCGCGUUUCUGGGGGAUGGCAGGGCUCUCCUCCGCCCCUGGCAGCGGCUCCAUCGCUCCAGGCGGUCGGGGAGUCCAGUCCCCACUCGCCUUGCGGACGGCGGCUGUUCACCGCGUCCGAGCGGUUGGGCUACUCCAUCCCCCGGUGGAUGGGAGCGGCGCACCCCGGGGUGGACGGCAGUGUCGAGGACUCCACGACGAGCAUCCCUCCUCCUUCCCAGAUUUCGGCACCAGUGUAACGCAGUUUAAUGGAAAGGAGGAGGCAAGAACCGGCUUGGCAAUAUAAAUAAUAUUUGAAUGAUAAACUUCAACAAAAGACAAAAACACACACAUGACAGACAUGCCCAUAAAUGAUCUCUCUCACCCGCACCAUCCUCUGCAAUCGGCCUUUAUCCCUCUUGGAGGCUUGAUUAGCCUGAUUAGGGACCAUGUGUGUAUAAUCACGACCUAAUUUUUUUUUUAUCUUGAUUCCUCUAGCCCACCAUUCUGUUUGUUGGUAAAUGUUUUUUGCACCAAAUCAUUACAAAAUAUUACUAAAGAUGGGAGCUGCUUUUGUUUGCCUUCUUAAAUGAAUUGUAGACCACACUUUAGAACCAACAUAAAAUUACACAGUACAACACACCAAAGAACAUAGCUUGUUUAACUCUCACAUGCCAAACUGUGAUUCUUUGUUUUAUGAACUCUUUUUCUAGGUUUACAUUUCUUUAAAAUCCUGUUUGUUCGGGAUAACACAGCUAACAAAAGGCAGCCGCUUAAAAGGAAAUGCACCCACUCCUGAUGAAUAACAGAUUUGGUGUUAUGUCAGCUUUACGUAAAAAAAGUACAAGAGUUGGUGUACUCCGUUUCUGUUUGAACAAUUCCUUCAAACAGAAAAUCUGUUCAUUUAUUGGAGGAAGAUUUCAGGGAAACAUGUAUGGAUAAAUUAUAGCCAAAGACAAUACCAAAAAAAAGCUUAUAAUGUUAGAUUAUGUCAGAAUAAAAUGUAAUGUAGAAAUAGAGUGAGCUUUGAUGAGCAGAUCUGUUGGCUCGUCCAGUUUUGCCUUUGUUGUCAUAUCUUUGUGGGUCUGUACAUUAUUAUAAAUAACCAACAAUAAUUAACCAAUGUUAUUCAAUAAAACAGAUGUGAGUGGAAUGAACUCUUUUAAACUAUAACAGCCUAGAGGAUUUGUAGGCACAAAGCUACAGCCAACAGAUGUAAAACCAUGAACAAAAGGAUAUCAGAUUGCACCAAGAACAAACAAGAGACAAAGAUUUGUGCUCCUAACACCUAAACCAUUGCAUGCACUCUGAAUUAAAUAUGGAGAACUCUUUCCUUAUUAUGGUCCUAAAUUCAGUCAUGAAACUCUACAUGGUGCAAGCUGAUAGGUUCUCUGAUCUUUUAAUUGCCUCAGCUGGUUUCACUGCAGUGCACAAUGAGAGUUGUCUAUCUGAAACCCUCCUCCUCCCCAGCACCAUUUGUCUAGAUUUACUUCAAGGGGAUUGUGAAGAUGUCUAAUUGUGCAGCAGGCAGCAACAUGUCUUCAAUGCUCAGAGCAAGUCUGUUUGUUUUAGUUGUAGCAAGCCAUUAUACUUGCUCUGCAUGACUGAAUUCUAAUAAACAUAAUAAUGAACUAAUAACUCAAAUUAAAAGUCUAGUUCUGAGUGUUAAAGAGGAUUUUACUUCCAACUAUGAUCGCAAAAAAGUAAAUUUAGCCUACUUAAACACCUGGAUAUCUGUAAAGACUGGACAGUUUUGUGAUCAGUCUGUGGUCAAGGGUUAUGUUGGUUUAUUUUGCAUCAGUGCUCUCAUACUUCCACUGACAGUAACAAGAUUUUAUCAGUAUCGAGACAUUACAUUUACAUUCAUUCAAUUAGCAGAUGCUUUUACCCAAAGCGACUUACAAUGAGGAAUACAGCAAAUUUGAUUAAUCCUAAGGAUGCAAUAAUAUGAGAAGUGCUGCAAUACUAAGUUUCAAAUUGCUCAGAGAAGUGCACUUAGA